AUGGAUGAACGCCAUUUCACGCUUGCAGCCUCUGUAGUGCUGUUGACGCUAUUGGCUUCAAUUGGCCGGCUAAUCUACAUUCUUCCCAGCUGUCAUAACACAUUUGGCUAUGCUCAGAAAUCAACAGUGACCUCAAAGUCCGUGCUGAUCCUGCUGGGCUCUGGGGGCCACACAGGAGAGAUGAUCCGAAUCUUGCGCCAGUUUGAGCAUUUCGAUCACCUCAAACGUCAAUAUGCAGUUGCAGAUUCAGAUGAAACAUCACUCAGUAGCAUUCGCAGCCUGGAAGAGUCUCCAUCUGUCAUCACCAUCCCCAGAGCCCGCAAUAUUGGAGAGGGCAAGCUUUCUGCUGUUUUCCGCUCAUCAAAAGCAUUCAUAUCGACGUUUCUCCUUUUUGCAUCCAUGAAGCAAUACCCAGACGUGUUCCUGUGCAAUGGACCGGGCACAGCUAUUCCAAUAGCGUAUGUGCUAUUUUUUUUCAAGUAUCUGGGUCGUUGCAGGACAAAAAUCAUUUACGUGGAAAGCCUUGCCAGGGUCAACAACCUCAGUCUCACAGGGAAGCUAAUUCUUCCGAUAGCCGAUAGAGUGUUGGUGCAGUGGAGCCAGCUCGCCAAAAAGUAUAAACGAUGCGAAUAUUACGGUAUAUUAGUCUAG